UUAAAGGGAGAGAGAGAGUUAAAGAGAGAGAGAGAGUUAAAGAGAGAGUGAGAGAGAGUUAAAGGGAGAGAGAGAGAAGGAGGAGGAGGUCCCAGCUGGUUGCGGCAUUGGCGGCGUACAGGAGGCGGCCAUUGUUAGUGAGCAGCUGCAGAGAGACGAGGUGGUGAGCAUCUGGUGAGCAUCUGGCGAGGGAUCUUCUGCCGCUGGUGGUGAGGAUCCGGUGGCGGUGGUGGUGAGGGUGAGGAGCUGGUGAGGGUGAGGAGCUGGUGAGGGUGAGGAGCCGGUGGUGGUGGUGGUGAGGAGGAGGAGGGGCGAUGCCAUUGGUACGCUCUUUCUCGGUGACAUCCCUGACGGGCCUGAGCGCCUGGCAGGAUGACGACGUUCCGGACGACAGCCACGUGGUGCUCUUCGAGGUCGCCUGGGAGGUGGCCAAUAAGGUGGGGGGCAUCUACACGGUGAUCCAGACGAAGGCGAAGGUGACGGCGGACGAGUGGGGUGAGAACUACAUCCUGCUGGGGCCCUACUUCGAGCAGAAUGUGCGCACGCAGGUAGAGCUCAUAGAACCCAGCAACCCGGCACUGAAGCGAACCCUCGCCUGCAUGAACGCCAAGGGGGUCAAGGUGUACUGUGGCCGCUGGCUGAUUGAGGGCAGUCCCUGUGUGGUGCUCUUCGACGUGGCUUCCGCCGCCUGGAGUCUGGACCGCUGGAAGUCCGAGCUGUGGGAUGCCUGCGGCAUCGGCGUGCCGUGGUUCGACCGCGAAUCCAACGACGCCGUCCUCUUUGGCUUCCUCACCGCCUGGUUCCUUGGGGAGUUCUACGCGCAGUGCGAGGAGAAGCCGUCGAUGGUGGCUCACUUCCACGAGUGGUUGGCUGGCGUGGGCCUGGUGCUGUGUCGCGUGCGCCACCUCCCGGUGGCAACCAUCUUCACCACGCACGCCACCCUGCUGGGCCGCUACCUCUGUGCCGGUCACGUGGACUUCUACAACAACCUGGCCAACUUUGACGUGGACAAGGAGGCUGGCGACCGCCAGAUCUACCACCGCUACUGCAUGGAGCGCGCGGCCAUGCACUGUGCCCACACCUUCACCACCGUGUCGCAGAUCACCGGAGUGGAGGCACAGCACCUGCUCAAGAGGAAACCCGACAUCAUCACCCCCAACGGCCUCAACCUCAAGCGGUUCUCGGCCAUGCACGAAUUCCAGAAUCUGCACGCACAGAGCAAGGCUCGCAUCAACGAGUUCAUCCGCGGGCACUUCUACGGACACAUGGACUUUAAUCUAGAGAAGACUCUGUACUUCUUCAUCGCGGGUCGCUACGAAUUCUCUAACAAGGGAGCCGACCUCUUCAUCGAAUCUCUCGCUCGGCUUAACUACCUCCUCAAGGUGAAUCGCUGUGAUGUCACCGUGGUGGUGUUCUUCAUCAUGCCUGCCAAGACCAACAACUUCAACGUGGAGACCCUCAAGGGGCAGGCGGUGCGGAAGCAGCUCUGGGACACGGCUCACCUGGUGAAGGAGAAGUUUGGCAAGAAGCUGUACGAGUCGCUGCUCGCAGGCUCCAUGCCAGACAUGGAGACCAUGCUGGAUAAAGAGGACUUCAACUUGAUGAAGAGAGCAAUCUUCGCCACACAGAGGCAGUCUCUGCCCCCUGUGUGCACACACAACAUGUUGGACGAUGCCUCUGACCCGGUGCUCAGCAACAUUCGCCGCAUCGGAAUCUUCAACGACCCUGCGGACCGGGUCAAGAUCAUCUUCCACCCGGAGUUCCUCUCCUCCACCUCCCCACUGCUGCCCAUGGACUACGACGACUUUGUGCGCGGCUGCCACCUCGGGGUGUUCCCCUCCUACUACGAGCCCUGGGGGUACACACCAGCUGAGUGUACCGUCAUGGGCAUUCCGAGCAUCUCCACCAACCUCUCCGGCUUCGGCUGCUUCAUGGGGGAGCACGUAGCAGACCCCAUGUCGUACGGGAUCUACAUCCUGGACCGGCGCUACCGUUCUGCGGACGAGUCUUGCAACCAGCUCACCUCCUUCCUCUACAGCUUCUCGCAGCAGACGCGGCGACAGCGAAUCAUCCAGCGCAACCGCACGGAGCGCCUUUCGGACCUGCUGGACUGGAGAUACCUGGGCAAGUAUUAUUCCCACGCUCGUCACAUGGCCCUGUCCAAGGCCUUUCCUGACACGUUCAAGUACGAACUCUCUGAGUAUGAGGAGACGUCCGGCUUCCGCUACCCCCGCCCCGCGUCGGUGCCCCCGUCCCCGGCGGUGUCGCGCCCCUCCAGCCCGCGGGGCAGCAGCGCCGGCGGUUCGGACGACGGCGGCGGCGGCGGCGGCAGCCCCGGGCCCUCGUCGUCGGCCAGGGGGAGCCGCUCCGGGGACGACGACGAGGACGAGGAGGACGAGGACGCCCGCAGCGAGAGCGGGGUGGGCUGCGACAACGGGGAGUUUGCUCGCGACGACGCCGACGACGACGACGACGACGUCGACGGGGAGGGCGACUGCUACGGCGGCGGGCGACGAGGUGGGAGAGGGCGAGGAGGAGGCGGUGGUGGAGGUGGAGCGGAUGACGACGACGAGCACUACGACGAGGAGCUGGAGGCGGAGAAGGAUCGGCGCAACAUCCGCACGCCGUUGGGGUUCGGCCCCGUCAGAGCGAGCGACUCGCUCGCGCAGUAGAGAGGGGCGGAGGGGCGCGGGGCGGGGGUGGAGAUGUCACCAUGGUCACCGCCAACACCACCGCCAUCACCGCAACCGCCACAACCACCGCCAUCACCGCAGCCACAUCCACUGCAACCACCACAACCACCG